GGGCGAGGGGGGCGGGCCGAGAGCCGCUCUUCCGGCAACAAAGAGCCAUCAUCAUCACCACCACCAGCAGCCACCGCCGAUAAAUAGAGAGGCAGCUGGACCGAGGCAGGAGAAACCGAUCGCGGGGGAGGGCGCAGGGAAGCAAAGCCGAUUAUCUCUGCUGAAGAGGGGAAGGGGGGGUAACCUCGCCAGUCUUAUUAUUCGCCCAGCCUUCGCUCUCGGGAGCCAAGAGGAAGGACUUGCUUUGAGGAAGAAAAAAAAACAGACCCUCGCUCUUUCUUCGAGGGCGAGCCUUCCUUGGGCGCCUUGGCUUUGGAGGAGAAGCGCUCCCCAAGCCCCCCCCCCGUGCGCUCUGGUUGCUUGUUGUUGUUAUUAUUAUUAUUUUUAAUUCUCCGCCCAUAUUUCCGACCGGCGACCAUGCCUUUCCUAGGGCAAGACUGGCGAUCCCCCGGGCAGAACUGGGUGAAGACGGCCGACGGCUGGGCCAGGUUUGUGGACGAGAAGGACCACAGCGGCAGCAGCAGCAGCAGCUACGGCGGCGGCGAACGGAACAGUUACUGCAGAAAAGAGGACUACAAUAAGGAGAAUAUGUUCAACAGCAUGAACUGUGACGUGGCCGCAAAGAAGAGAAAGAAGGACCAGCUGAACUGCAAAACAAGGAUUCAGUAUGUUCAUCAAGAAAAGUGGAUUUACGUGCACAAGGGAAGCACAAAAGAACGCCAUGGCUACUGCACCCUGGGAGAAGCUUUCAACAGAUUGGAUUUCUCAAAUGCCAUUCUGGACUCCAGACGGUUUAACUAUGUUGUGCGGCUGUUGGAGCUGAUAGCAAAGUCCCAGCUAACGUCACUGAGUGGAAUCGCCCAGAAGAACUUCAUGAAUAUCUUGGAAAAAGUAGUACAGAAAGUUCUGGAGGACCAGCAGAACAUCAGGCUAAUCCGGGAACUCCUGCAGACCCUGUACAUGUCACUUUGCACCCUGGUCCAAGGUGUUGGCAAGUCCGUCCUGGUGGGCAACAUUAACAUGUGGGUGCACAGGAUGGAGACGAUUCUUCACUGGCAACAGCAACUGAACAAUAUCCAAAUCACCAGGCCUGCCUUUAAAGGGAUGACUUUCACAGACCUGCCUUUAUGUUUACAACUGAACAUCAUGCAACGCCUGACAGACGGACGAGAUCUGGUGAGCCUUGGACAGGUGGCUCCCAGCCUUCAGGUGCUCAGUGAGGACCGGUUGCUGUGGAAGAAGCUCUGCCAUUAUCACUUCACAGACAGACAGAUACGCAAGCGGCUGAUUUUGUCAGAUAAAGGGAAUUUGGAUUGGAAAAAGAUGUAUUUCAAGCUUGUGAGAUGUUACCCAAGGAAGGAGCAGUAUGGAGAUACCUUGCAGCUCUGCAGGCAUUGCCAUAUCCUGUCCUGGAAGGGCACUGAUCAUCCAUGUACAGCCAACAAUCCAGAGAGCUGUUCAACCUCUCUUUCACCCCAGGACUUCAUCAACCUGUUCAGAUUUUGAACUCCUGGAAAAUUUCAUUGCACCUCUCAGUAUUCUGAUUGGACACUCUUAUUACAGACCUGCUCAACCUGCAAAUAGUGUGUAAAUAUUUCUGUUUGGCGUUCCCGAGGCACAAAGACAAGAGGAUUUUAGAAGGCAGAAGGAGACAUUAUUCAGCACUGAAUUUGUUUAAGAAUGUGGCCUUCUAAUGGGGCUGAGAUGCAUAAAGGCUGGACUUUGUAAAUAUGACGCUUUGUAAGAAUUGAAGUGCAAGCUGUAGGGAGAAAUCCAAGCUCUGCUUAGGAAAUUGAAAUGGAAUUUGUUUUAUAUCUAUUUGAAAUGUCUCUUUGGUUUCAAAACGUGAAGAAUUAAACACUAUGAUUAGGCUAAAACUGUUGAACCACUCCCCACUCUGGGUUUUGUUUACAUAAGGUAGUUAUACCGAAGACAUUUUUUAGAGAAACGAUUCUUAAAAGGACAUGCCUGUUAAUCCUUUUUUAAAAAGGAUCAGCAUAAAAUGUACACACCACACCAUUUUCUACCUCUGAAAAGCUUUCCAACCAACCCAAUAUGCAAUGUGAAGUGUUUUUACUUUAUAUACAGAGAUUUAAAGGGGAAAUUUUGAUGGUAGUAGUAAAUGUGUUCCUUUUGUUAUUGCUUAAGUUCUAAUUUAGUCUGCUUCCUUUGCUGGGGUAUUUGAACUGAUGGAUUCUAGGAAACUGAGAAAAAGUCUGGCAAAAUUUUUGGUCUUCUCUGGUGACUGGUAAAAGGUCAAAUGCCAUCAUCAUCGGGGCUUUGGGAACCAUAUCAAGAAAUUUCGAGAAACGAUACGCAGUUUGCAGAUUCCAGAAAUAACAUUGAGAGCUACAGAAAAUGGCAAUAUUAGGAACAGCAUAUAUAUUACGUUGAUACUUAACAUAGGUUUGCAGCAAGCUGUUCAAAAGAGUAUUUGCUGGCAACAGUCUGCUAAUUUGGUGAUGUUGGUUCUGAAAUGUUUGUAGACAUCUUGACUAGCUAUUUUCUUGGCCGGUUGAGCCUAUAGGCUCUUCAGUCUCCUAGCAUCCUCUAUUGAGAAUAUCUACCUGCCACAUCAAACUACGUAAACUCUUCACUGCUGUCUUGCCCAAAUUGCAAUCUGAGCUUGAAAAGGCUAUGUUGUUUGCCGGAUCACAACAGCAAGUUCAUCACAAUAUGUUUUUCUCCUUGGGAUGUCUCCCCCCCAGUAUCUGACAGUGGGCAGAAAUUCUCCUCCACACAGUCAUUUUUGAGGAUUGCAAGAUCUCAAGGUAGCCAGGCAAGUUAUGAAAGUAGAAGGUAAAGGUAAAGGUUCCCCUUGACAAUUUUUGUCCGUGCGUGUUCGACUCUAGGGGGUGGUGCUCAUCCCCG